AUGGGAACAUCAGAGUCGACGGAGUCGACAUACGCAUGGGAUAGCAGAGAAGAACGGUAUGACGAAAUGGGAUUAGACACGCAACCUUUGGAAGAGUCGGACGUGAUUUUGGACGUGACGGAAUACCACAAUCUGGCGACUAGGAUUUCGGACCUUACAUUUACAGCGAAAGAAAAAACGAUGCAAGAUUCACGGCCAGUUUCGGCAUUUCGAUGCGAUCAAAUCGAGACUAGUAAGCUAGCUAAGGAGUGGAAGGCGUGGAAGGAAGGGCUAGAAUGUUACUUUGCAGCAUACGAUAUUACCGAUCAGUAUGCAAAGAGAGCCAAGCUUCUUCAUCUGGGAGGACCAGCAUUGCAAGUCGUUUUCAAGAAUUUGAAGGACUACGACCAUGUGCCUUUGGUAACACUGGAACCAAAGUGGUAUAACUGCGCGAUCGAGAAGUUGGAUGAGUUUUUUGAGCCCCGCCAUCAGAGUACCUCGGAGCGACGAAAGCUUCGUUCGAUGAAGCAGAAAACAGGGGAACGCUUUGCAGAUUACGUGAUCCGGCUGAAGCAACAGGUUUCGCAAUGUGGGUUUGACAAGUACGGUGCUGAAGUAAGUGCCAUCCUUAGUGACAUCUAUUUAACUGAUACGGUAGUUGAAGGAUGUAAUUCCAACGAAGUUCGCAGAAGAAUCCUAUUGAAGGAUUUAUCCUUUUCGGAAAUCGAGGCUUUAGGCAUCGUACACGAAGGGGUGGAUCAGCAAAUAGAUGAGAUUGGAGUUGAUCAGCGACCGGAGAAGAUUUUCAAAAUCGAGCAACAGGGGAGUAGCAAGAAGAAAUUUGUUGCUACUACUGGAAAACCGACGGAAAGGUCUUGCUUUAACUGUGGCCGGCUGGGGCAUAUCGCUGUCUCACUGAUUUGUCCCGCCCGUGGGAAACAGUGCCGUAAUUGCAAAAGCUACGGGCACUUUGAAAGAUUGUGUCGAAAGGCUAAGCGACCUCAAGACAGAAAAACUGACAAGUUCGUACGAGUGGUAGAUGGAAAUUUGAAUCCUCCUGAUGUUUCGAAAGAGAAUGUGGAUAAUAGCGAAACUAAAGUGUAUUACGCCUUCUAUUCGGGAAACGAAUCAAACAUCAUUACGUGCGAAGUUGGAGGAGUUUCAUUGGACAUGCUGAUCGAUUCUGGUUCGGAUGCCAACUUGGUUAGUGGAGAGACAUGGAGGAAGCUUAAGGGUAAGCAAGUGGAUGUGUGCUCAUCGACAAAGGGUAGCUCUCGAAUCUUACGUGCUUAUGGAAGCCCAGAACCACUUACGAUUCUCGGUUCGUUCAUAGCGUACAUUUCGGCUAAUGAUCAACGCAUUCGAGCGAAAUUCUUUGUUGUUGAAGGAGGACAGCGGUGCCUGCUGGGUGAUGAAACAGCAAAGCAACUGGGAGUUUUGAAAGUCGGGUUAAACAUAAACAAUAUUGAAGUUUGCCCUUUCUCAAAGAUGAACGGCGUAAGCGCAACGAUUCGAAUCGAUACACAGGCUAUUCCGGUAUACCAACCUAUGCGCCGGAUUCCUGUACCUCUGGAGGAAGCUGUCGACAGGAAAUUAGAUGAAAUGCUGAAACGAGACAUCAUCGAGGUUAAAACGGGACUUACCACUUGGGUUUCACCACUAGUUGUGGUCGGAAAAUCGAAUGGUGAACCCCGAUUAUGUCUGGAUCUUCGUAGAGUCAAUGAGGCUGUGUUGCGGGAACACCACCCCAUGCCAUCAGUCGACGAUUAUUUGGCAAAGCUGGGACGCGGUCGAUUGUGGAGCAAGCUUGAUAUAAAGGAAGCAUUUCUCCAGAUAGAGUUAGCCGAGGACUCUAGAGAUGCGACUACUUUUAUGACUCGGCGAGGAUUAUACCGUUUUAAGCGGUUGCCAUUCGGAUUAGUCACAGCUCCAGAGCUGUUUCAGAAGGCCAUGGACGAGACAUUGAGCGGUUGUGAGGGGGUUUUCUGGUACCUGGACGAUGUGCUGGUAGAAGGUAGCGAUUUAAAGGAACAUGAUGAACGUUUGGAGAAGCAACAUAAUAACUUUAUCUUGCUGACUAUUCUGUACUAUUAA